AUGGCUGGAGGCGGAGGACCCGCACCACCACCAAAACAGGAUGAGCUGCAGCCACAUCCUGCUAAGGAUCAGCUUCCAAAUAUUGCUUACUGCAUUACUAGCCCGCCUCCUUGGCCUGAGGCAAUUCUACUUGGCUUCCAACACUACUUGGUGAUGCUUGGGACAACAGUGUUCAUACCCACUGCUCUUGUUCCUCAAAUGGGGGGAAGAAAUGAGGAAAAAGCCAAGAUGAUUCAAACAUUGCUAUUUGUGGCUGGAUUGAAUACAUUUUUCCAAACCUUGUUUGGUACUCGCCUGCCAGCAGUUAUUGGAGGUUCCUUUAGCUAUUUGCCGACUACCAUUUCAAUCGUUUUGGCUGGUCGAUACAGUGGAAUUGUGGAUCCUGUCGAGAAAUUUGAAAAGAUAAUGCGUGGAAUUCAAGGUGCCCUCAUUGUUGCCUCAACUCUCCAGAUUGUUGUUGGCUUCAGUGGCCUUUGGAGAAAUGUUGCAAGGUUCUUGAGCCCAUUAUCUGCCGUUCCUUUGGUUGCUCUAUCUGGAUUUGGGCUCUAUGAAUUUGGUUUCCCCUUACUUGCAAAAUGUGUGGAGAUUGGACUGCCACAGAUCAUCUUUCUUUUAAUAUUCUCUCAGUAUAUACCCCAUAUGUUACGAGGGGAGAGGGCUGUAUUUGAUCGGUUUGCUGUUAUAUUCUCUGUGGUCAUUGUGUGGGUUUAUGCUCACCUCCUUACGGUAAGUGGGGCAUAUAAGAAUGCAGGACCCAAAACCCAAAUAAGCUGCCGAACUGACCGUGCAGGAAUUAUAGGUGCUGCUCCUUGGAUAAGAGUUCCAUACCCUUUCCAAUGGGGAGCUCCUACUUUUGAUGCCGGAGAGGCUUUUGCAAUGAUGGCUGCUUCAUUUGUUGCACUAGUAGAGUCCACUGGUGCCUUCAUUGCUGUAUCUAGGUAUGCGAGUGCAACUCCCAUUCCACCUGCUGUACUUAGCCGUGGUGUUGGUUGGCAGGGAGUCGGAAUUCUAUUUUCUGGCAUAUUUGGAACUGGGAGUGGAUCAUCAGUAUCUGUUGAAAAUGCUGGAUUGUUAGCACUGACACGUGUUGGCAGUCGAAGGGUUGUUCAAAUAUCAGCAGGAUUCAUGAUUUUCUUUUCCAUCCUUGGAAAAUUUGGAGCUGUUUUUGCUUCAAUUCCAGCUCCAAUUAUUGCAGCUUUAUAUUGCCUUUUCUUUGCCUACGUUGGUUCAGCAGGUCUCAGUUUCCUCCAGUUCUGCAACCUGAACAGCUUCAGAACGAAGUUUAUACUUGGGUUCUCUGUUUUCAUGGGCUUGUCAAUACCACAAUACUUCAAUGAGUACACAGCAAUCAAUGGUUAUGGCCCAGUCCACACUGGUGCAAGAUGGUUCAAUGACAUUAUCAACGUGCCAUUCUCAUCGGAACCUUUUGUUGCUGGCUUCUUGGCAAUGUUCUUGGACGUCACUUUGCAUAAAAAAGACGCGGCAACUAGGAAGGAUAGAGGGAUGCACUGGUGGGACAAGUUCCGGUCGUUCAAGACAGACACAAGAAGUGAAGAAUUCUAUGCCUUGCCUUUCAACCUCAACAAGUUCUUUCCAUCAGUGUGA